AUGUACAAUACAACGCCAAAGCCAUUAUUGAAAGAAAAUGAUCCAUUAUAUAUAAUCCAAUCUCGUAAGACCACACACAAUAGACCAGCUACUAUUGCUGGCCCUAUGGUAAGAUACUCAAAACUACCAUUUCGCCAAACAUGUAGAGAUUACAGUGUUGAUAUAGUAUAUACUCCAAUGAUCUUAGCAAGGGAAUUUGUUCGUAACAAAAAUGCAAGAUUAUCAGAUUUCUCUACAAAUUCAAAAGAUACACCAUUAAUUGUUCAAGUUGGUGUAAAUAAUGUUUCUGAUAUUUUAAAAUUUGCCGAUAUGGUUGCACCAUAUUGUGAUGGUAUUGGUAUUAAUUGUGGUUGUCCUAUAAAGGAACAAGUUAGAGAAGGGAUUGGUUGUGCAUUAAUUUAUAAUCCCGAUUUAAUUUGUUCCCUGGUCAAAGCUGUUAAAGAAAAAUAUCAUGAUAAAUUAAGAUUAGAAACCAAAAUAAGAAUUCAUGAUGAUUUAAAUCAAACUAUCGAGCUUUGUAAGAAAAUCAUUGAUUCAGGUGCUGAUUGGAUCACAAUACAUGGUAGAACACGUACAACUAGAUCGUCAACUCCGGUUAAUUUAGAAGCUAUUAAAACCAUUACGGCGGCAAUUAAAGAUUAUAAACCAAAUUAUCCUGUUGUAGCUAAUGGUGAUUGUUUCCAAUAUAAAGAUUUAUUUGAAAUUUCUAAAAUUACAAAUACAGAUGCAGUUAUGAGUGUACGUGGUGUUUUAGCUAAUCCUUCCUUAUUUGAAAAUCAUUUGAAAUGUCCAUGGGGUUGUAUUGAAAUUUUUAUAAAUUGGAGUUUUGAAUAUAAUAAUGGUAUACCUUUCCAAUUAUUUCAACAUCAUCUAUUUUGUAUGAUGGAAAAUAUGAUGAUCCCUAAACAUUUAAUAAAACAACUAAUGGAAACAAGAACUUAUUCACAAUUAAUCGAUUGGAUUGAUGAAACUUUUAUUUUGAAAAGAAUUGAUGAUCCUGGGUUUGGUCAAUCUAUUGAACCAACUUAUCGUCAAAUUAAAAGUAUAUAG